AUGGUCUGUAGAGUAUGUAGGACAAGUUCCAGAGUACUAUGUCUGAAGAGUAAGGACUAUAAUUGGCUGGAAGAGGCUUGCCAUACUUUAAUUGUUCAACAAAGGAACACUCAGACAGAACUGGAAGCACAGUACUGUCAGAAUCAAGAGCUCACUCAGAUGAAGAUGAAGCUACAGUCUGAACUUACCAAUCUUCAGGAUAAAGUUGAACAUGAGAAGUUGCUGAAGCAAAAUGAAAUAGAGUGGGCUAAGGCCUUGAAUGGUAAUACUUUUACCUGUAAAGCACUUGAGGAUUUAGAGACAGCUCAUAUAUUAAGCUGGGUUGACAACAUUUUGAGGAGGAGCUUCAAGAAGAGUGUAACUGUCAUACAGCUGAUCUUGCUGAAUUGUUGUUUUGAAGCCUAUGACAACUUGCACUGUAAGCUAAGCUUGUGGAACUCAGUAAUGGUGAGAGUCCUAUCAGAGCUUCAAUCUCAGUGUGAAAGUAUGAGUCAGUUACAUGAGGAGGAUUAUCUGUCAGAGUGUAGUACAAAGACAGAGAUUUUGAAGGCAGAUAUGUUCAUCAGAGGCUCUGAUAGUCAGGAGAGGUGGCUAAACCCAACAAUUAGGCCUAGAUGGCAAGCUGAAACUUGUACACAGGGCUGCUUGCAGAAAAAAGAGAAGGCAUCCUCUGAUAGUUUUAAUCUUAGUCAUUAUAAUGAGUUAAAACUUGAUAUACCCUUGUUGAGGGUGAGGAGGACAUUGAGGAAGAAAGGGAAGAUAACAAUAGUAAUAAUACUUAGAAGGUUAAUGAGGAACAAAGUAAAGAGUAACAAUAGAGAGAACCUGCUACCUGAUGAGGUGCUUGAGCUAUUAAAGAAGACAAUUGACCAUACUAAGAAGGUGUAUGGUGAACUUGCUACAGUAGAGGCUGAAAUCCAGGGUGUGAACCUUAGUGCAGAGGAAUGUAGGCUUGGGGAGAAGAUGAAACUAGAUGGCAAACAUACAGGUCUUGAUCUCCUAGAAGGCAAACAGAAGGUUUUAGAGUUGAACUGA